AUGACUGGAGCUGAAAGUGGUGGCCAGGGGCCACCACCCGACGGGAGCGACGCCGAGGAGGCGGAACGGUGCCCGAUCUGCUUGGGGGUCCCGGCCGGAGGAGAGCUCGCCAUGCCGGAAAGCUGCUGUCAUGUCUUCUGCCUCGGAUGCUUACUUACGUGGGCAGAGUUGCAGAUAGUACCUUCUUGUCCCGUGGACAGACGGCCAUUCAGGAAUGUUUACAGAUGGGACCGAAGCAUGCGCUGUGUGCAGGUUCCAGUGAGGAGACGAGUGGUUGAACCAGAAGCUGAGAAUUUCGCCUGUAGAGAUCCCAAAAAUAUAGCGUCUCUCAAAAGCAAAUUUAGAAAGAGGUCCAGACAGCAAAGGGCAGAGAAAAUGGCCGAUUCGAUGACGAAAGGACUCGUUCGGAAAUGCAACGACGAUGAGUCGUCUCCAGCAAACUAUAAAAAGGUGAGAGGAACAGAUUGCUGUGAUUGGCCCUCAUCUCCUUUGCUCUCAUCAGCUACAUCUACACAAGACAUCAGACAACCUGUGUUGCUGAGCAAGGAUGUACUCUAUGAAAUGAAAGAAUGCAAAGUUCAGGUACAGGAAUGCCCGUGGUUUUCUCCUGUUGCCCCUAUUACCGCGAAUGGAACCUCAAGGUUCGUGCCUCUUAAUGACCACCACGGUCCAUUUACGUUCGGACUCUGUUCAUCUCCUAUUACCUCUACUUCAUCAUUUGGGCCUGAUCAUUUUGUUUUCCAGGGUGUAGUCUGCGCCAUUACCUGUCCUAAAGGUGGAGAGAAGCGGGGUGGACGAGCCUCAAACUCUAAAGCGCCCACCAAAAAAAGCAAAUCCCUCCCGUCCCGUCGAUCAGGGCGCAACAGUAAAUCCCAAGGGGAACCUCAUGCAUCUGACCCAUCGUCUCCGCAGUCCGCCGCGUUGGACUCAGACCCAUCCGCCGGUCAGGCCUCAAAACCCGCCGGUCAGACGUCUCCGGUGCCGGUCAAAAGGAAGGGCAAACGGGUAACAAACCGAAAGGCCAGCGGGAAGAGGAAAAACACCAGAAAAAAGCAGUCGUCCGAGUUGGUUGAAAGCCCGUCGGCGAGUGACGAUGAAGAGGGCGAUGAGGUUGACAACGCUGAUGAGGGGGAGAAGAAAGGUGAAACCAAUAGUGAGGUGAACAACUCUGAUCAGGCCUCUGAUACAGAAGGAAGUCCUAAUGCAGAACAGAAUGACGUGAAUUCCCCCGAUGGGCAAAAAGGUGCAGAAUCUUUAAACAGUAAUGUGGAACAUGACACUAAUGACACACUACUUGAAAAAGACUCUGAUGAACGACCGGAGCCCGAUGAGAACAGCCAACUGUCUUGUCCUUUGGACUCCCCUCCAAAAAGCCCCGAGUCAGAGUGCCCCGAUGACAAAACUAUUACACAAGAAGAGGAUCCUCCUGUCUCAUCAAUUUCAACUGGAGACGAGAAGAUCUCCACAUCGCCGCCAUCGGAACUGGAGAACACUCUGGACGACCUCAUUUCCGAGUGCGAGAAUGUGACUGAACAAAAUGACAAAAUGGAAACUUGUGAAGAAUUCUCAGAACAGCACAGUGAUGAAGUGUCGCAGGAUGUGCCGACAGAAUCGCAUGAAAGCCCUGAGCGGGCCUCUCCGUGUCCUGAACCCUCAAAAGAGAAGGUAGCUGACCAAGAAGCAAAAGCAUCUGAAGAGUCUAAAACAUCUGAAACACAAGCUCCAUCACUAGGUGACGAUUCGGAAGAUGUUGUUAAAGAUGAUGAUCUAUCCAAAGAUGAUACUAGCGUAGUUCCAAUGGACUGCAGUUCACCUGUAAGUGAGGCUAAUAGCGGAAAUAUUUUGGAGUGCGUACCAUCAGCCGCUGCAGAAACUCCACCCUCCGUUACGGACGAACGUUCCAAAGACCGAGGGGAGAGGGAUCCGAGCCAUGAGAGGAAGAAUGGCAGACAACGACGCUCUCGCUUCCAUUCCCCGACCUCGUCCUGGUCGCCCAAAAGGGACUCGAGACGGGAGCCGUGCAGACGCUCCCGCUCGCGGUCAAGAGAGCGCGCCGGCAGCCCGCCGUCUUCCCGUUCCUCCCGCGCUCGAAGCAGAGAAAGGGAGCACGAGCGAGACUCGGCCAGGAGGGAGCGCAGCCGCGAGAGGAAGAGGAGACGGUCCAGGAGUCGCUCCAGAUCCAAGUCGAGGUCCCCGUCCAGGAUGAGAUCACACAGACGAGGAUACAGCCCCGAGCGGCCGCUUUCCAGAGAUCACUCCCCUCGGAGGGGCGGCCGGAGGGCGAUGCAGGGCGGUGCCAACGCCUUCGAGGGACGACGGUAUCACGGAGGUGCCGGUCGCUUUGAAAACGGCGUCCCUACCGAAACGUCGCCAGAACACCAAGGCUGGUCGGAGAAUCCCGACUGGGUUACCGAAAACACCCGCGGCGAAGCCGAGUGCAGAAACUGGGACGUCGGCGCCGGCUCCCGCUGGGAAGAUCGCGGGCCAAGGGGACGCGGCGGCUACGAACGAGGACGCGGAACGGGCCGGGGAGGCGGCAACCGGGGCUUUCACAACCAACAGGAUGACGACAACCGCAGGCCGCCACGGAACAGCAACAGUUAUUCAGGGAACGACGCCUACAGCCGCUUUAAUGAGAAUCGCGGCGGCGGCCGCAGGAAACAGGACUCGGACGGCGGCGACUCCAUGAUGGACCGCUCAGGCUGGUCGUCGGCGUCCAGCUGGGCGGUGCGGAGGACACUUCCUGCUGAUGUUCAGGAUUAUUACUCCAAGAGAGAGAGGGGGGGAGCAGGUGGUUGGAACCGGUCCGAAGAGGAGCAGCCUGCCGCAGAUGCAGCUAAGAGUGAACCCGCACCUGCAACCGUACCCGGCAACGCUCCUGCAUCGGUGCUGACGGCGAUGCUCCCUCCGCCACCUCCGCAGUUAAACGUCCUACAUCACCACUUCCCCAUGCAGGGACCCCGCGCACCCAUGCCGGCCGGUUUACAGCCUGCAGCGCCGUACGCCAUGCCCCCUCCGAUUCCCGUGCACCUCCACCCCGCCGUUCCGCUGAUGCAGAUGCCUGCCGUGGGUCCCCAGGGGCUACCGCCGCCUCCCCCGCCGCCCCCUCCCAUGCAACAAGCGAGCCAGACAGCAGCAGCUCAGCCCGAUGGCCAGAUAACACAGAUUGCGAGCAAUACAGCCGCUUUCGGAAAAGCGGGCCUACCCCCGACUCCCACCAAAAUUAGCCAGCAAGCCGUCAAUCAGGCGAUGCCUUCGUCGACAACGCCAGUUCAGCAUCACAAGGCUCAAGCGGAUAGCUCCAAAAAAGAAAAGAAACAACAGAUCCAAGAGAAAGCUAUAAAUGAAGUGAAGAAUGCUAUUAAACCUUAUUACCAAAAGAAGGAAAUCACAAAGGAGGAGUACAAGGAGAUUGUCCGCAAAGCAGUAGAGAAGGUAUGUCUCAGCAAGAGUGGUGAGGUGAACUCAAGUAAGGUGGCCAACCUGGUGAAGGCCUACGUGGACAAAUACAAGCACGUGCGCAAAAAGUGA